AUGGACAACGUGAAAGUGAUGGAAACGUUCCAGAAGUUUAGGCCUCCCUACUUUGGUGGGAUUGCGCAGGAUCCUUUGGCACCCACCAAAUGGGUAGAGGGAAUGGAAAAGGCAUUUAAGCCUAACCUCACAUGGGAACACUUUAAAGUGGCAUUCUACAACUACUUCCCAGACAGUGUGAGGGAGAGGAAGGAAACAGAGUUCAUGGAGUUAAAACAAGGGUCCAACUCUGUAUUGGAAUAUCGACAAGAUUUUGAGAAGUUGUUCUUCUUUGCACCUGAGCUUUUGAAGGGGGAUCAGGAAAAGGCGAAGAGAUUUGAGAAAGGAUUAAGACCCACUAUAGGGUCUGUGUUAGUGGCUCAGUACCUCCACAGUUAUGCUCAGGUGGUUCAGGCUGCCAAAUCCAUUGAGGAUAAACAAAGAGAGAACUAUCAUGCCAUCCAAGGGAAAAGGACAGUGGCACCUAGCAAGUUUGGUAAGGGGACAUAUUCUAGUGCAGCCUCAGGUCAAUAUAGAAGACUAGAAACAGGACAAGCACCACCACUACCUAGACCCAUGGUAGCACAGUCUCAGACGGUCCCUUUAAGGUGUUUUGUCUGUCAGCAAACGGGUCACUUUGCAAAGAAUUGCUCACAGAGGAGACCGGGUGACCCCUAUGUAGGACCAACCAGAUUAUUGCAGCCAUUAUCCGCCACCCAUCUGGCUCAGGCACCACAGGGAGCUAGACUGCAAGGGAAAGUGUUUGCACUGACUACUGAGGAAGUGGGGCAUCGCCUGGAGUAG